UUUCCUUCUAAUUUCUUUUGUCUUUUCUGAUUGUGUUUUUGGGUCUUUUUUUUCUGAUUUUUUGUUCGGUGUCGCUUGUCUGAGUCUUCGGGGAGCGAGAAUUUUUCAUUGCAAUUGCAUGAAAAUGUGAAUUUGGUACAGUUUAUUGUGAAAUUGAGAAGUUACACGGGUGGGGUUUUGGUGUUUUAUUUUUUUUUUUGGGUUUUAAUUCUUAGAAUUAUAUAUGGGGAUUGUGUCUGGCGCUGAAUUAAGGUUUGGUUUUUGGGUUUUGUUUAAACAUCAUUUCUUCGGAUGAAAAGAUUGGAUUCGUGAGUUCCAAGGCGGGAGUUGGCGUUAAGAUUGAUUUCCCAAUGCUUCGUCGGCUUUGGUAAAUGAUUAAUCUCCAUGGAUCUGUAGUUGAAGAAAAAUAUAGAGCAACUAAAUGGAGUAUCUAAGACUUUGGUUUGAUCUGAUCAGUGCGGGGUGUUCAAAACAAUUCUACUUUGCUUAUCACUUGAAGAUGGGAUCAAAUUUUAUAUGUUAUUUUUUGUGUUCUGAAGACGUGCAUCUCUUUUUUUCUUUUUUAUUUGUUUUGGCGGGGUGGGUUGGGGAAGGGGGAAGGGUGGGGUUGGGGUUGUUCUGUUUAGGCCUGGACUGGUUUGAAGUGAGACAGGUAGAUAGGUUUUGAUAAGCACACUAAAAAUUUCUGAAGAUGCUGCCCUAGACCAAGCAGAAAGUCGAUAAAAAAUUUGACCGUACCUAGUUGGUUACUAGAACUUAAAACUUUUUGGUGUUAGAUAUUUUGUGGGUAUUUGAAUUAUGUUAUUAAAAUUUUGUCCUUUAAAGAUGGGUGCCUUAUCUGACUCAGUUUAAAUCAUUUUCUUGGUUUGGUUUGGUUUGAAAUUUGGAUCUGAAGUUGAAGAAAACAAGCUGAAAGGAACUUGUUUUGGUAAAUUCUGGGUCUUAAUUAGAAGAACACAAGCUGAGGGGAAGUGCGGUUUCUAACUAAUCUCCUUGAGUUGAAUGGAUGUAUAAGUAAAACCAAUUGCUUCCGUACGUUGGUACCACUUAUUCACACUCUUCAUAAAUGGGAUCUCAUAUGAACUUCAAGAACAUUGCCAUGCCACCAUCGGACGGCAGUGGUGGGAAGCUGUUGGGAAAUUCCCAGUUGGCACGACAGCCUUCAAUCUACUCUCUGACUUUUGAAGAGUUCCAAAACACCUUCAGUGGAAUUGGAAAGGAUUUUGGAUCAAUGAACAUGGAUGAACUUUUAAAGAACAUUUGGACUGCUGAAGAGACUCAAAACAUGGCAUCCUACGGUAAUGCAGGAGAAGGGAAUGUCCCUAGUGGCAAUUUGCAAAAACAGGGUUCUUUAACUUUGCCACGGACGCUCAGUCAGAAGACUGUUGAUGAAGUUUGGAAAGACUUGCUUAAAGAAAGUAGUGGUGCUAAAGAUAGGAGUGGAGGUGGUGGAUCAAAUUUGAUGCAAAGGCAACAGACUUUGGGAGAGGUAACACUGGAAGAGUUCUUGGCGAGGGCAGGUGUAGUGAGAGAUGACACUCAAACAUUUGGAAGGCCAAGUAAUACUGGAUUUUUUGGGGAGUUAUUGCGAGCGAAUAAUAGUAGCAUUUUGGCUCCUGGGUUCCAACAGCAUGGUGGGAAUAGCUCAACAAUCACUAAUCAGAUUGUAAAGAAUGAUAAUUCGAUUCCCAAUCAAUGUUCAAAUAUAGCACUAAAUGUUGGUGGAGUAAGGUCUUCUCAACAACCGCAGCAGCAACAACAAAUGCAACAGCAACAGCAGCAGCAGCAGCAGCAGCAGCAGCAGUUCUUCCCUAAGCAGCCUACUGUGGCUUUUGCUUCUCCAAUGCAUUUAGUAAAUAGUUCUCAGCUGUCUACUCCGAGCACAAGGGGUGCUAUUGUGGGGAUUGCAGAUCCAUCCAUGAACAAUAAUGUAGUUCAAGGUGGUGGCCGACAAAGUGGAGUGGGCAUGGUUGGUUUAGGAGCUGGGGCUGUCACAGUUGCAGCAGGAUCUCUUGGAGGCCAUAUAUCUUCAAAUAUUAUUGGGAGGAAUAAUGUGGACAGAUCCUUAUCACCACCAAGUUCUUUUGCAUUUAAUGGAGGUUUCCGGGGAAGGAAAUGUGGCCCUGUGGAGAAAGUAAUUGAGAGAAGGCAAAGGAGAAUGAUUAAAAACAGAGAGUCAGCUGCUAGGUCACGAGCUCGUAAGCAGGCAUACACUUUGGAACUGGAAGCAGAAGUUGCAAAACUCAAAGAGCUGAACCAAGAAUUGCAGAAAAAACAGGCAGAAAUUAUGGAAAUGCAGAAAAAUGAGAUCAUGGAGACAAUGAAUCCGCAACGAGGAAGUAAACAACAAUGCUUGAGGAGGACACUAACAGGCCCCUGGUAGAUUAAACUGGAUCAAGAUGUGCUGCUUGCCACGUUGCCCUGGACUACAAAAACUUGGCACUGGCAAUCUGAAAAGGAUUAUCAACAGUGAUUACUUCAUCUUAUGUUCUAGGAGGGGUGGGUAGCUGCUUGUAAAAGUGCUGAUUUGUGUAAAGUGAAGAAAUAGUGAUUAAUUUAACCCUGUAGGUUGAACUCUCCCGUUUCUCUGAUCUGGGUUUGCUUCUAAAUUAUAACCAAUGGCAUGUAGGUUGGCAAA